UCUUAGCAUACUGUCCUCAUGAGUUCCUAUUUUGUCAACUCCUCUUUUCCCGUUGCACUAUCGGGAACGGGCGGAGGCGGUCAGGCAGCGGAGUCGUUCUUAGGUCAAAUCCCUCUCUAUUCCCCAGGAUACGCCUCUGAUCACCCGCUCAGACAUUACCCGGGAGCCGCGGCCGUCACCGCUGCAGCGGCGGCGGCGGCGGCGGCGGCGUACAGCGCGAACGGCGGUGGCGUUCUGGAGAAAACCUACCCGGCUUCUUCUUAUUACCAACACACUACUAACGGAGCGUACGGGGGGCAUCGGGCGGCGGCAGGGGUUGGCGUCGGUGCCGCAACCGCAGCAAGUGCGUGCGAUUACGCGACGCCCGCGGCGGCGGCAGCCUCGAACUUCUACCGGGAUAAGGACUACGCUUGCAGCCUGGAGGAACAUCCGCUCGCCCUGCAGGAUGGCGUGCGUCACAAGACGGACUGCGCGAGUUUGAGUGGCAAGGGGGUCUUUGGUGACACCAUGGAUGACAAGCAAACGGGGUCAACCCACAUUUAUCCGUGGAUGCAGCGAAUGAACGCGUGCAGCGGGGCAUUUGGCAGUCCCGGUAGACGUGGGCGACAAACCUAUACCCGCUACCAGACACUCGAACUGGAGAAGGAGUUCCACUUCAAUCGCUACCUCACACGCAGGCGGCGGAUCGAGAUCGCGCACGCGCUUUGCCUCACGGAGCGCCAGAUUAAAAUCUGGUUUCAGAAUCGGAGAAUGAAGUGGAAGAAGGAGAACAAACUGAUGAGCUCGUCUCCCACCUCUUCUUCGUCCACAGUGAACGGGGUUGAUGACGAGGACAAACGGACGGAGUGAGAAAGACAAGAACAAAAGACGUUGAUGAACGAGAAGGAAGAUGAUGGAAAAGACAUUAAUGAAUUCAUGCAUCUUCGUUCUCAAAACCCAUUCAUUCCUCCAAUGCUCUUGAACUUGAAACCCUGGGAUUGCAACCUUUGUUAAAUUGUAAUGUAUUGUUUUAAAAUGGAAGAAGAAAGGAGGAGCCCUCAUCUUUUUUAUCAUAUAAAUACAAGGGAAGAUGCCUGAGAUGGUACUGUAGUUGUCUACGGGCGUUAUUUUCCUGGCAUAGCGCGUUUUGAUGGUUUAAAAAAAUAAUAAACACGUAAGCGGAUGUGGCGAAAAUGUGUUGUUUCAAAAAUACAUUGUAUACAGUAUUACAUUCCAAGAAAUUGUGUGUCAUUUUAAUUCUGAUAGGCACUUGAUUUUUAAUUAUAGAACCUUAUUGUUGAUUUCUUUAUGCCUAGACGUAUACUCAAAUUUUAGAACCAUAUACAAUGAGGAAACAGAAAAUCUAAAAAAAAAAAAAAAUGUUGUUUGAUGUAAGGUGUGGUGUAUAUAACAAAAAUAAGAUGGGUCAAAAUCCCAAUCCACAAUGAGCAUAAGCAUUCUUUUGUGUAAACUGUCAGGGGGCGUCAUGGCAAAACUUCAGUUUUACUUUUUCAAACGGGGGUGCAGAGGUGAGGGCAUAACAUAUUGUUGAUAUUCCUUAAACUACCUAAAAUAUUCGGGAAUACAGUAUGUACAUUUAAAAGUUGUACAUUUUAUUGUCUUUUACUUUAUUUGCAUAUUACAAAUGUUUGUCAAGUACUUACUAAUACUACCUAUAUGUCCAAUAAAGCGUAAGGGAAGGUAAAUCGAGUGUGAAGUGAGGUUGCUUUUGUAUAAAUACAAUCAAUGAUAAUAAAAAGUUAUUCAUAUACCACAUAUACAUACAUUAAAUAUAUAGUAUAUAAAUAUUCAUUUUGAGGCCCUGGGCAGAUGA